GAUAUGUCAUCAGACCGUAGUCUAUAAAGGAAUAAAACAAGGCUUAAUUACGGUUUUUUGUCCACUGUUUCAGUGUGAGUGCUAAGUGUUGUGACUUUUGAUAAUUUUUUGUUGUGAUCAUGAUAGGUAAAAUCUUGAGUUUCAUGUUCCUGGUGGGAGUGGUGGCCACUGCCAAUAACACCACUACCAAUACCACUACCACCACUACUACGACAGACAGCUCGAGGUCGGGCGGCACCUUUAAAGCCUACGCAGGAAUUGAUCCUAACACACUGUCUUGUGAUCCAGAAGGACACGUGUUCAUGCUGCUUCCGCAUUUCACCAACUGCGCGAAGUUCUACAUGUGUGCCCACGGUGAAGAAGUGGAGUUCGCUUGCAGCGGGGGGCUGAUCUUCGACUUUGCACAGCAGACCUGCAAUUGGAAGUGGGCUGUUGACUGCGUUCUCAGGGUACCGAAAGAGGACAUUGAUACGGAAGGGUCAGGCUUCGGUUCCGGAGAAGAGACCAUCGGUAUCUUCGGAGAGGAAAUAGAAAAUGGACCUAUUGAGGUUUUGACGGCGGACGCAGCGGGCACGGUCCGUCCCAAUUCUCCGGUCAACGCCAGGUUCAUGAUGCACGACCUGAACUGCCACAGAGCUGACUCCGCCGCGCGCCAGGUGCCUUACAAGGGUGACUGUCAAAGAUACUGGCGGUGCGUGGCUGGCGUCCCGCAAGCAAUGUACUGCUCCGACGGACUCUUCUUCAACGAACAAACACAGCAGUGUGAUUACGAAGCUAAUGCCAAGUGUGUGGCGCAGACCGAGGACGAGCUCCAAGGAGAAUUUAUUGUGUACAAUAAGCAUUAGAUUAAAGGUUUAAUUUCGCUGGUGGACUGGGAGGGGCCUUGAAAUUCUGACAGUGCCCUUAGAAUACUGAAAAGGCCCCUAUGUAUUAAAUUAUUGGAAGUGUUUUAAAAUACGGUUCUUGGCGUCUACGUGCUCUGUGAUUUGUAUUAACCAGAGUUUCACAGAUAUUGACGGCCUUUAAGUACGGGCUUCUUGUAAGGCUUAUACACACAUUGACUGCCCUUAACUAGGGGCUUAUGAUAUAUGAUGGGGCUA